AACUUUGACGUUGUAUUUGUUGACAAUUCCGGAAAAUUAAAUUUAUUAAGCGGAAUGACAAAAAUUGCCCUUGAACAAAUACAAUAUGAAGCCAGGAUUGCAAUGGAAUAUUUUAAUGAAAAUAAAGCGGGCAGAUUUGAAGCAUUGUUUUUGCAAAAACUGGACGAUAUUAAACCAAGAUAUGAUAAUGUUACAAAGCAAUUAGACUACCAUGAUCCAUUUAUACAUUUCGCAAGAACAAUUCCCGUACAACUUAAACAAGGUCUUACUAAUCGCGUAAACUUAAUAACGAUAAAUUAUUCACAACUUCCAACAUGGUCAACCUCCUCAAAACCUCAAACAUAUUUAUUAUCAAACUUUAAACUAUAUAUUG